AAAACUCACCCAAAAGGGUCAUGUAAUAGGAUUCUAGUAUCGUGCAUCAUCAUGUCUCCCAGUCUGGUUUCCAGCUUCAUAACAGACAAAACGCAGCUUAUUCUGCCAGAUAGCGCUAAUCCAAUUCAGGCCCCCGCCGGAUUGAACUUUUGCACGCUUGCUUUUGCUUCACCUCCCGCCCCAGCCGCGCGCACACGGCUUCUCCAUUCCACAUGACUACCUUGCUGCACAAUUCCAUCAAACAGCUCCUAGUAUACGAAUGAGGCUGUAUAGUGCAAACUGUUUUGAAUCUCAUAUAACCUAUUUUCUGCGACCGACUGGCCUCUAUCAAAGCUGCUCGCUCUUUCCGGCGCGCGACUGAUCCGCGACCUACAGUCACCAAGUUAACGCGUACAAGCACGCGUCAAACACCUCCCGACACAGUCCUUGAUACUGGCUAGCCUGUUGUCUGGUUAAGCUUGGUUUGAUUAGGGCUAUGAUACCUGAUUAGAAAGCGUUCAUGUCAAACACGUCUUCUUCUUAUCCUGACCCCCAGGCACAUGACGGACAUGGUUCGUCCGGCCUCUUCGUGCAGAGUCAUGGGAACCACAGCCCACAGUCUCAUGGAGGCAGGAAGUAUCAGGAGCACAAUUCUCUCGAUGUAGCAGACACUGCCAUGCAAGACAGUGAUGCCCAUACGCUGGAGCAACUCAUGGCGGAACAGCAGAUGCUCGCGCAGGAGGCUAUGGAUCUGCAAAGUCAUCCCGCACAUGACUACAUGCCAUCAGCUCAUGAUGGUCAGUUGCUCGCGAGUAGUCGUAAAAGAUCCAAAGUAUCUCGCGCCUGCGAUGAAUGUCGACGCAAGAAGAUUCGGUGCGAUGCGACUGGGGAGAACGGCCCAGAGUCCUGCACAAGCUGCAAAAGAUCACAGACAUCCUGUCAAUUCAGUCGUCAGCCUUUGAAAAGAGGUCCCUCCAAAGGUUAUAUCAAAGAACUUGCCGAUCGUGUCAAGCUCAUCGAGAGGAACAUAAACGUACCAAGCUCCAGCCCGAUUGCCUCGUUGUCUACUGGUGUGCAGCGCGUUUACUCGCCCCCAUUGGUAUCAUCGCAUUCCGCGCACGAUGGCUUCUCCGCGUUCACAAAUCCGUUCAGUGCUGUAAGACAGCCAUCAGCACCUCCUAUAUUAGGAAAUUCACCCGAUGAAGUCAUCAUGAGCAAGACCAGCAACCUGAAUGACACCGAACAAGCCUAUACAUUUCAGCUAUAUACAUCACAUUUACAGUCCGUACUUCAAUUCCUACCGGAGGAGCCCACCGAACUCAACAUCCGCUUGUCACAAACUCCAGCCAACUUGCGACAGGCAUUUUGCGGCGCAGCAGAAUGCCUUUUGCAUACCUUUGGACAAACCACACAGCCGCAGUAUGACCCCCAAGAGAUGAUCAGCCGUACAUCGCAUUUCCUGGACGCCGCGCAGUACGAGUGUGACAACGCAGACCCAACCUUUGCACUUUCAAACCACGUCAUGUACCUCGUCAGUCUGGUCAUGAUGAUCAUACAAGCCGAUCAGAGGCAUUCACCUCUAGGACUCUCCAGACCUGGAGAGCUGAUAGGCCGCGCUGUCGGCCGUGCCAACAGUCUAAGCCUGGAAGACGACACGAAACUGAUCGAAGGCGGAACCAGAUUACUCAAUUUCGGUCGCCGAGUAUAUGGAGCCUUGUUCGUGCUAGACCGCUACCAUGCUCUAAGCUUCUCCGCCAACCUGACGAUGCCCCUGUACCUGCAACCCUUCAUCAACACACACGACCGCAUCGUCGGCCAGCGCGAAACCACUCUCCUCCUCCGCAUCGCCGACUCCAUCGGCCUCUACGCCCACAUCCUCAAAACCCGCCUCCCCUCCGCCACCCAAGACCCAAUCACCCACCUCCUCGCCCCAACAACCAUCUCCCCCCUCCUCUCCGCCCUCCACGCAAACCAGUCCUCCCUCCUCACCCUCCUCCAACUCCCCGAAAACUCCCUCCUCCACCUCGCCCUCCACCACGCCGAACUCUCCGCCGCCCGCCUCGACUCCUCCUCCCCCUCCCACACCCUCCUCCACCUCACAAACCGCCUCCUCGCCCCGCUCCUCGAACCCUCAACCCCCAUCUCCCCGCUCCACGUCCACUUUGCCCGUCUGGCUGCUACAUCCCUCAUCGACCUGUCCACGCUCCCUGCCCCCGUCGGCCCUGACGCGCUUCGCUCCAUCGACGCCUUUCUAGCUGCUCUCUCUACUCGCCCCGUCGUGCCUAUCCUUCCUGAUGGCACAGGCUGGGAUCAGUAUCUGUACAAGGUCCUGGCUGCUGCGAAGGCUGGUGGUGGGAGUGGUGCGAAUGCUGCUGACGAGGCUGUGAAUGCGGGUGGUGGUGGUGGGAGUGGGAGUGGGAGUGCAACGGAUCAUAUCUCCGGCUUGCAGAGUCUGGCCGAGGCUGCUGUUACCGAAAGUCAUCGGCCGGGGAGUAGUAGUGCGGGUGCGGGUGUGGGUGCGGGCGGUAUGAGUGGAGGAGAGGGUAAUAUUGGAGAUGGAGGAGGGCAGGGGCAAGGGCAGGGACAAGCCUCGAUGAGGGCUCAAGCGACUGCUGCUGCGGCGACGGCGGCGGUUGCUGCGUUGGCUGGGGGUGGUGCUGGUGCUGGUAGUAGUGGUGCUGGUGGUGGUGUCGCUGGGGGCAUAGAGGGCGGGUUGGAUAAGGCGUUGUUGGAGUUUAUGGGGUGAGUGAGUAGUUUGAGAUGCGAUUUGGAGUUUGUGUUUUUCUGUCUUGUCUGUCUGUCUUGUCUGUCUUGUCUUGCGUGUUCUUGCGUGUCUAUCUACAAACAGACAAACAGACAGACAGACAGUCAGACAGACAGACAGACACACAAGACUACGAGACUUCCACCCCACACCCUCCACCCAAUCUCCAAGAACAUCUCGAUCGUAAUAGUAUGUAUGUACAUAACAAUCCCGCCGUCUCGGUCUAUUAUCUUUGUUGGGAUGGAGCACGAAGACAGGGUUCCUUCCAAUUGUAAUUUUUUGGGGGGAUUGUCUUCCUUCCUACCGUACGCGGUUUUAUUUUUAUAUUUAUUUUAUACUUUUAUAUUUCUACGUCUACAUCUGAGUCUUAUGAUGAUAUGUUCACU